AUAAAUAUCAUCCUUUUUCUUAACGAAUUGUUUUCACUUUCUCUCUCUUCUCAUAGGUUUAUUCUCUGCUGGUAAUAUGUAUGUCAUGAUUUAUCUAUUGUUUUCUUUGUUGCUGAAGUUACAAUUACAAAUACUUAAUCUUCUCAUUAUAUUUUAUAAGAUCUUCAUCCACUAUGGCUCGUGGACCUCAUAAAUCAAAGGCUGCCAAAGCGAAAUCUAUACACCGCUUUAGGAUGAAAAUAUUGAAGAAGAAGCGAAAGGCAGUCUAUGAAACAGGUUAUGUCGAAGCUCUCGAAAAAAGAAUAAAUAUAUUAGAAGAGAAAGUGAAAAACCUAGAAGAGGACAACGUUAAGCUUUUGGCCGAAAGAAAUGAUGCAAUUUCAGAUUUGAAUGAUAAAGUUGCUAGAAUCAGGGCUUUGGAGAUGGAUCAGGAGUUAAAUGCGCGUAUUAGACCGGGAAGGAAAAAAAAGAAUAGUGAUUAUUAA